GGUAGUAAGUAGUAUCUUGGAAUAACUCUUUGUAAUGAGAAUGUUGAUCUUGAUGAUUUAUUUCUUCAAUGAUGAUUGAAUCUGGGUGAUUUGAAUUUUGACUGUAUUUGUAAAAUGUAAAUAAAAACAAUAAAAAUGGCUGAUGACUUUAAUGAAACGGAUCUAAAUGAUAUAGAAAACCUUAAAUCUGCCGUGAAAACAUCAUUUGGAAAAAUAUAUGCGUCUUUAAAAGCCAGAGAGUUAAAAACACUGAGACAGCUUGAAGUACUUCAAAAACAAUGCGACAACAAAGAUAUAGAAAGAAGUUUUGUUAAAAAUAUACAUAUAAGUUAUGAAAAUGAGAAAUUACUAUUAGAUAAUGUAAGUAAUUAUGGUGCAAUUAAAUUUGAUAAACUAUGCUUUGAAAAUAGUACUUUUUUAUCAGAGGAUUAUGUGAGUCCUAACGAUGAUCAUAUUUAUUUUUAUAAAGAAAUACAAGACAUUAGUAAUGAUCAAAAUAAAGAAUUGAGAGAAAUAGAAGAGGCGGCCUUGAAAGAAAUAACUAGAACAGAAGACUGUGUUUGCUCUGUUAAUAUAAGACCCGAAGAUGUGGCACGAAAAUUUCAUGAUAUACCUGAAACUAAUUCAUUAAGUAGUGUUAAGAUUAUAGAAGUAAAUAUCAAAGAAGAAACUGAAGUGGAAAAUGAAGAUGUCAAAAGUACACAAUCCGACCCAGAUUCAGUUAAAUUGAAUCCAACAGAUGAUUGGUUAAAUUCAAUAAAAAAUCAAACUGAGACUGAACCAUCACAAGUAUGUGAUCUCAUGGAACAAAGCACUAUAUCAUGAACCCUAAAAAUAAAAUAAUUUUGAGUAACUGGUAAAAUUCGGUAAGAGUAGAUAUUCUUUGUCUGAUGUGUGUGUGUUUCAAAAAUAUUGUGUGUGUAUAUGGCUGCUAGUGUCAGUAGCGACUAACUGUUUAAAUCAUACCAUAUUUUUUUAUGCAAGAUCUAAUGUAAUAGAGUAUAUUUUUAUAUUUUAUAUAAACAAGCUGAAUGAGAUUUUGUUUUUA